UGUGACAAACACCACACACGGAAUUCAAAAAUGGCAUUCAAAUUCGCAGUCUUCGCUGCCAUCGUGGCCGUCGCUAACGCCGUCGCCAUUGGAUACCCAGGUGCCUACCCAGGUGCCUACCCGGCCGCCUACCCAGCCGUUGGCGUUGCCAAGGUGGCCUCUCCAUAUGCCUACCCAGCUAUUGCCAAGGUUGCCGCUCCAGUACUCGCCAAGGCUGUUGAUGAUUAUGAUCCAAACCCACAGUACAGCUACAGCUACCACAUUGCCGAUGCUGUGACUGGAGACAAUAAGGAACAGCAGGAAUCUCGCUCCGGAGAUGUCGUCACUGGAUCCUACUCUCUGGUUGAACCCGAUGGCACCCGUCGUGUUGUUGAAUACACUGCUGAUCCAGUCAAUGGAUUCAACGCCGUUGUCCACCGCCAGCCACUUGCCGUCAAGGCUAUUGCCCCAGUUGCCAAGUAUGCCGCCCCUCUGGCAUACCCAGCUGCCCAUGUCGCCGGUUAUCCAGCUGCCCAUGUCGGAUAUCCAGCCUACGGAAAGGCCCUUAUUGGUUAAACUGAAAAGCCCAGCCUAAACACCUCUUCACUUCAACCCUUCUCAAGCACUUCCCCCUUGAAGUCAUUAGUUUAAACAACUAUUUAUCUAUUCUAAACUAUUUCUUUGUUAUCUAUGUCGCACUGUCCAUCUAUUUAUUUUCCCUCAAAGCUACAAAUGUGAGUUUUCUAGUUAUUCCGUGCUCAACUGAAUGCGUGUACAAAAGAUAUACAUAUAAUUGUAAAUAUGAAGAAUCUUAGUGAGUUGAGAUGCUACCCAAAGCAUUUCAUUCCUUGACUGUGUGAAUUGAACAGAGUGUAAAUUAUGCUACCGUAAGCUGUCGUGAUCGAUACUCAUUGCGAUCAAAUAAAUGCAAUUUCUACAAAAGGAAACAUUUCUUGUUAUUACUUAUUAAGCUUAAGUAACGGGACUACCAAUAUUCCCUAACCAUAUUUGAUUGAGUCACGUUCGUUAUAGGGAUUAACCAGACAAUUCUUUCCAUGAACUACACAUUUCAUUUUGAGAUACAGCAAUCUGCCUUACUGCAAUAAGCUCUAAACUGACAAGUUGAUCAAAAAGUCGUACCUGGUUUUGUAAACAAUGAGAUCCAACGUCAAUUUAUCGAAACUCACCCGCGCAAACUAAUACAAGCAGGCAACAUUUUCUCAACGUUUUUUAUUGAAAUUGCCACUUUAGAUUACAAAAUAGAGUUGAACUGAGAGGGUGAUCCAGAUUCGAAAAAUCUAAACGU